AUUUUGGCUGCAGUACUUAUCCAUCUCAAAGCAGCAUUCAGCUAAACAAGAGAGAACUCGGAGAAGGGAAGAGGCAAAGCCAGGAGCAACACAGAGACUAAUUGAUGGGGUGCGGCGCGUCGCAGCACGCAGGGGAGUCGUGGGCCGACGACGGCGAGUGGGAGGAGGAGACCUCGUCGGAGGAGGGCGACCACCACCACGAGAGGAAGGAGCACGCCUUGGAGGUGACCAUCAGGAUCACCAGGAGGCAGCUGCAGGAGCUGAUGGAGAAGAAGGGCGACGGCCACGGGAGAGGGAGAGGGAGCCGGCGGGCGACGGAGCAGCUGCUGGCGGACAUCAUGAACUCCGGGGAGGUGCACCACCAUGACCACCACGGGGAAGCGCACUGUCACUGGAAGCCCGCGCUGCAAAGCAUUCCUGAGGCCGUCGAGUCAUGAGUUCAAUUUGAUCUCGUGACUAGUAUUUGCCGAUUUGUUGCCAAUACGCCAUGUCUUCUUCGUUUCAUAGUUGUUUUACACCCCGUUUUGGUGGUAAUCAGUGUGUAGGCAGAACGGGCUUGCCGGUUUGGAUGAACUCGUUUGAUUUUUUCGUACGUGUGUACAUAUAACGUAGGGGAAAUUGUUAGGUUAACUUCAGUUAUAUGAAAGGAAUCUGUGAAGGCCAA